GAAACCAAGACUCACAAAGGAGAGACAGUCAACCACAUCACGGGAGCCAACACGUGCGGAAAAGAAUUGUACAGGAUACCAAUCAUGCAGUUGUGUGUGGCCAUUGUUGUCAUGACUGUGACUCUGACAAAAGCGAUUGAUACUCAGAAGUCACCAUAUGGGUAUUACGAUGCUAAAGAUAUGUGCUUCCGGAGACCUCCAGUGAAUUUCCCAUUGUCAGUCAGGUCAACGUGCCAGACGCCAAAAGUCAGACGCGAACUCGAAUAUGCAUUGAAAAAAUAUCCGGCAGUCGAAGAAUCCUUGAGGAGCAGUUAUAUCAAAUGCAAUUUGGCAUAUGUCAAUGAUAUUGGCCUUGACGAAACUUGUCCGACCUACCUUCAACAAGUAACUCAGGUAUACCUUGGAAAAGAACGGUGCGACGUGGUUAGGCCGCAUUACCAGUGUGCUACAUUUGCAGUCUGCAAAAGAACAAGAUCUUGUGCCGGACCCCUAGGACUAUCAUUUGCCAGUACGUGCUUAUAUGAUGGAUUUCGCCAAUUCCGUGUCUGGGUCUACUGCAAAAGUUGUGGCUUCAAGUUAAUCAAGCUGAAAUUGCCCCAAUGCUGCUCAUGCAGAAAAUACAAAGUUUGCGGAAUGGUGGAAAAAACUACUGCCACUAAAGCUUGAUUGCUAUCCAACUCUCAAUAAAUAUACAGCAACCCUGA